AUGGAGAACCUCACCACUCUCAAGUUGACGGUCGACUCCGAGAAGGGCGUCGCCCUGGUUCGAUUUGACCGUCCGGCCAAGAGAAAUGCCUUCUCUCAGGUCAUGAUCGGCGAACUUGUUUCGACUCUGGCUCAUCUCGAUGCCCUGGAGACCAUUCGCGCUGUUGUCGUUACUGGUGGCCCUGAAGGUCCCUUCUGUGCCGGGAUGGAUCUCAAUGAGCUGGUGCAGAUCUCCACGGCAGCGGCCCACCAGCGCGCCUUUCUCAAGGACCUAACAGACGCCUUUGCCAACUUCUCCAAGCCCAUCAUCGCGGCUGUAGUUGGUUUCGCAUGCGACAUGAUCUACGCCGCCGAAGAUGCUUCGUUCGGACUCCCAGAAAUCAAGAUCGGAACGAUCCCAGGCGCGGGCGGCACUCAGCGUCUAGCUCGUGCGUUGGGCAAGCACAAGGCCAUGGAGUUCGUCCUUACCGGCGACUCAGCCAGUGGUGCCGAGUUUGAGCGUCUCGGCGUUGUCAACAAGGUGUUCCCACGUCAAGAGGUCGUGCCAGCUGCCAUGAAGCUCGCUGAGCGCAUCGCCGUCAUGUCGGGCCCCGUGACCAAAACUGCGAAGCAAGCCGUUCUCACAGUCGAGAAUAGCCAUCUUGAUGCUGGGAUGACCAUGGAGAAAUCUCUUUACUACUCGACUUUCAGCCUUGGCGAUUUCAAUGAAGGAAUGACCGCAUUCCUGCAAAAGCGACGUCCCGACUUCAAGCACACGUAG